AUGUCUUCGCCGCAAACUGUCCCCACCCUAGGGUCUCCCUAUGAGAAGGAAAUCUCAAGAAUCCGUUCGACAGAAGAUACUUCUCCUCCUACCGCAAAUGUCGAGAAAAAAGCCCAGAGGCAGCCGGGGGGCCCGUUUGCCUCUUCGAGAAUGGCUGCAUAUCUUAGACGAUUCGAACAGCAGCUCGUCGAAUAUAACCUGGAAGCUCGUGGUAUAGAGCGGGUGCAGGAGCAUGAACGGAUGUCCAAGUUGACUUGGGUUUCUUACCUGCAGGCUUUCUUGCUUUGGGUCUCGAUCAAUCUGGCGGCCAACAAUAUCACACUGGGUAUGCUGGGACCUGCUACGUAUGGACUGAGUUUCCUUGACUCGGCUCUAUGCGGAGUAUUCGGUGCUCUAGUCGGUGCCGUAGUGUCCUCGUGGAUGGCCACAUGGGGCCCUAUAUCUGGUAUUCGGACCAUGGCAUUCGGACGCUAUUCAAUGGGUUGGUGGCCCAGCAAACUCAUCGUCAUCUUGAACCUGAUUCAAAUGCUGGGAUAUGGCUUGAUCGACUGCGUGGUUGGCGGACAGAUCUUGUCCGCCGUUUCACCGCAUGGAAACAUGACGGUUGCUGUGGGCAUCGUGAUCAUCGCUAUCAUCAGUUGGGUCAUAGCCACUUUCGGCAUUCAGAUUUUCCAUUACUACGAGCGGUUUGCCUUUCUACCCCAGCUUAUUGUUGUUUGCAUACUGUUCGGCAUGUCUGGGACGAAAUUCGACUUGUCCACGCCAUCGACUGGCGACGCUCGCACAGUAGCCGGCAACCGUCUAUCCUUCUUCUCGCUUUGCCUCAGUGCUGCAAUCACAUAUGCACCGCUUGCAGCGGACUUUUUUGUCUAUUAUCCUCAGAAUACCUCGAGGACAUCUCUCUUUUUCCUCUCCUUGGGCGGCCUGAUGACCUCUUUCACCAUGGCUUUCCUCGUCGGCAUCGGUCUCGCAUCGGGCAUCACCUCCGACCCAGCAUACAGCAGCGCAUACGCUGACGGUGCCGGAGCACUUAUCGUCGAAGGGUUCAGCCCCCUAAACGGAUUCGGCAAGUUUUGCGCCGUUGUCGUUGCCCUUGGUCUCAUCGCCAACACCAUCCCACCCACGUACUCAGCUGGCGUAGAUUUCCAGAUCCUCGGACGAUAUGCCGAAAAGGUGCCCAGAGCCAUCUGGAACGCCAUCGGAGUUAUCAUCUACACCGUGUGCGCUCUAGCGGGCCGAAGCAAUCUCUCCGACAUCUUCACCAACUUCCUCGCACUCAUGGGUUACUGGGUCGCCAUCUGGAUAGCCAUCAUCCUAGAAGACCGCUUUAUCUUCCGCGCCCGCAGUGGAUACAACUGGCACGCCUGGAACGACCCAUCCAAGCUGCCCUUUGGCAUUUCCGCUUUCGUCGCCUUCUUGAUCGGUUGGGCAGGUGCAAUUCUAUGCAUGGCGCAGGUGUGGUAUAUCGGGCCUUUGGCGCGAUUGGUGGGUGAAUAUGGCGCGGAUAUGGGCACCUACGUUGCUUUUUCAUGGACAUGUGUGGUCUAUCCGCCUCUUCGAUAUGCCGAACUUCGUUACUUCGGACGGUGA